AUGGUUAGUGAUGCCAUUCGGACUUUCAAAUGCUCCAAGUACCUUCAUGAGAUGAUGAACCAGAUUCUCUGUCCUUUUAUUGGGUCUUUUGUUGUGGUGUACUUCGAUGACAUCCUUAUUUACAGCAAGUCUAAGGAGGAUCACCUAGUUCACUUGAGGCAAGUCCUAGAGAUGAAAGAGAAGACAAAAGCAAUUCAAGAUUGGUCAACACCAAAGUCAGUUUCUGAAGUGAGGAGCUUUCAUGGUUUGGUAACUUUCUACAGACGAUUCAUCAGGCAUUUUAGCACUAUUGUGGCACCUCUCAUGGAAUAUUUGAAGAAAAGAAGGUUUAGUUGGGGAGAGGAACAAGAUAAGAGCUUCGUCUUCAUCAAAGAAAAAUUAUGCACAGCUCCAAUAUUAGCUUUGCCAAGCUUCGAGAAAAUCUUUAAGGUGGAGUGUGAUGCUAUUGGUAUUGGUAUUAGUAUUGGGGCUAUCCUUUCUCAAGAGAAGAGACUCGUGGCUUUCUUUUUAGAGGAGUUAAGUGAUGCUAGGCAGAAGUAA